CAAUGUGGGCGGGGCCUGAAAGGUGAGGAACUGUUCUUGGUCCUGGCAAAGGGAAUUCCACCGGGCCCGAGUGCGUGGCCCACCGAGAUGGUGCGGCUGUCGGAGCGCUCCCUGCGGCAGGAGAAGGAGUUCAUUCUCGAUGGGGUGGCGCUGAGCUCCAUGGCCAGCUCCUACGAACGCACCUUGCCCAAGCUCUGGUCCGCUCUACCGCCUUAUAACGCACAACUGGACGUCCACGCCCGCUGCUACUUCCAAUCUCCCGUGGUCCAGUCUGUGCUGCGAAAAACAGACCAGACACAUGGUGGGACAAGUCAAGGUGGCUGGAUAGUAGAUUACUUCCACAUCUUUGGUCCAGGACAGAGAUAUCUAAACAGGAGAAAUUGGGCUGGGGCAGGGCACUCCCUUCAGCAGGUGACCGGGCAUGAUGGCUACAACGCAGAUCUUAAAACAAUCAGGGGUUAUAAUGGGAGAUUUGGCUAUCGCCGAAAUACCCCUGCCCUUCGCCAGCGCACAUCCGUCUUUGGAGAAGUUACCGCAUUUCCACUAUUCUAGCACAGCCUGACCUCGCUGAUCUCCCCUUUCCCCCAUUCCUAACCCUAUUUCCCAGUAUAUACAUUUAAAUAAAUUUUGAUUUUUAAUCUGCUUUAUUUUUUAGCAACCUGUGGCUCC